GUCUGUUGGAGUAUAUGCUUUAGCUCUAUUGAUGAUGUAUGUUGUGAAACAAAAGCAGUUUGUCAACAGUAGGUGUGAGGAGUGUGAAGUGAGAUAUGUCCAAUCUUUUGACGACUUGAUGAUCCUGAAGUACAAGAUGUGGACGAGGCAAGCCCCGAGACAGGACCAAUGUUACAGGCUCUGCCAGCUGGAUGUCCCCUGCCUCAGUUUCCAAUACAACGAAGUCACCAAGCUAUGCCGUGGGUACGCCUCUGGUUUCACGUCGCCAACCGUCGUCCAGACAUCUGCGGAAAAUGGGACUAAACUAUACCUGACAUGCAGAGCGACAAAUCAAAUGGGUUCAGCGUGUGCCCUUGCUGGAGACUGUCUUGCCCCUGCAACUGGCUGUGUUGACGGGAUCUGCAACUGUUCCACAGAUCACAAGUACUCCAUGCACACAUGGUCGUGCUUCAAAUAUUAUCAUGGGUGUUUUACCGACAAUGACAGUCGUAUAAUGGAUUAUGCGCACUUGGAAUGGACUAACAUGACUAACGACAUAUGCAUCAGCCACUGUCGUAUCCUUGGCUACCCGUAUGCUGGAACAGAGCAUUCUCAGCAAUGCUUCUGUGAUAAUGCUAUAAGCCCGGCCUAUCCGAAGCUACCAGACGAUCGAUGUAAUUAUGAAUGUGCAGGGGACGCACAACAGAUUUGUGGCGGUUUCUAUACCAUCUCUAUCUAUGCAACUCAACAAUGAACUGUCCGCGUGUGCUCCUUGGUACAUCUGAUAUUGUCAAACAUUGUAUUAUGUCUUGUACAGUUCUC